AGCGCAACCAGGAAGCAGAACGUUAGCUGCUGUUGAAAAUGUUGACAUUCAGUUUAACGCUCAUACGACAUGGGGAGACACAGUAUAACAGAGAAAAGCUGCUGCAAGGUCAAGGAGUGGACACUCCUCUUUCAGAAACAGGUUUGCAGCAGGGGGAGGCAGUAGGACAAUACCUCAAAGAUAUCCCAUUCAGCAAAGUGUUUGUCAGUAACCUACAAAGAGCGGUGCAGACAGCUGAAAUCAUUCUGAGCAACAACACUCACUGCUCUGGCAUGGGGAUGGUGUUGGAGCCAUUACUCAGAGAACGGGGUUUUGGCGUUGCUGAAGGGCGUCACAAAGAGGAUCUAAAGAAUAUGGCUAAUGCUGCUGGACAGUCAUGCCGUGACUACACACCACCGGGAGGGGAGACGUUAGACCAGGUGAAGCUGAGAUUCAAAAAAUUCCUUAAAGUCCUUUACAAACAAAUACUGGAUGAGCACGGCUUUUCUGGACCAGAGGGCUCCCCAGUGACCGGAGAUGCAGCAGAAGCCUCGCCCGGAAGCUCGGCUAACGACGGUCUUCAGGGGGUGUCGGUCCACGUGCUCGUGGUGAGCCACGGUGCUUACAUUCGGGUGGCCAUCAAGCACCUUGUGGAGGACUUAAAGUGCACUCUGCCUUCAGGGGUGAAGAUGUCGCAGCUGUUUUCACCGUGUCCCAACACGGGCAUCAGCCGCUUUAUUCUCACCCUGAGCCAGUCCGAGUCGGGGCCGGCACUCUCUGCUGCUCGCUGUGUUUUCACCAACAGAAAAGACCACCUAGAAAACCUCACAGAUGCUGAAUAAAGAAAAAUAAAAGAAGGGGAGAACAUUUAGCCAUGUGUGUUCAUGUGAGCACAGUUUAUAGACUCUAUAUUGAAAUGAAAGGAAAAGACCUGCUGCAGGUAACUGAAUGCAAAGAGUAAAUGGUGUUAGCUUGAUAAUCAGCAUGUUUUACUGUGGAUCAGUUCUCAAAAUCAUUGUGCAGUACUGUAUUAUAAUGAAACCAUGUCCUUCCAGCUGUAGGUCGGUGAGGACACGUGCUUCUUUUCUUUCACAUUGGUAAUUAAAUGACCUGGUUUUUAUCGUGAUACCAAAUUUUAAAUUAUUUACUGUAUCGCUGAACACUGACGGUAGCAUUUCAACUUAGUUGCACUUGGGAUGCUGCUCAUUUUAUUUGUGCAAUAUAACAUGAAACUCUGACUCGUUGAAUUGCUUUAAUCUAAGAGCUGUAUAUAAUACAGGUUUCACAUUUCUGAUGCUGCAGGAUUACAGGCUUCUGUUUGUUUGUUUCUGAAGAAGCGCGGUCAGACUGCCAUCUUUUAACCACAGUGGGAUCUGUUGAUAAAAGCUAAAUGAAAUCUGACAACCUCCCACAUAAUCCUGAAUCUGAAAAUGUAUAUAAAUAAAUUCCAGAUACAUUUAAUAUAAAUAAUAUUUAACUCAAUUCAAAUACAUUUAAUUGAAAUAUUAAAUGUAAAAUUUUCACUUAAAAGUUUAAAUCAAAAUGAAAUAAAAUACAGAUUCAGUGAUUUCUAGAUUUUUUAUUUCACUGCAGAGUGUGAACCCAUAUUCUUCAACACUUGAAUAAAGUUAAAAGAUGAAUAUAUGUUACUUUCACAGGUAAAUGUAGUCAUGAUUCAGUAUAAAGGCAGCAUCCAACAAAGACUCAGUCUGAGGAGUAAAGAUGGGUACAAGACAUCCAGUUUAACUCUAAAACAAUGUUAAUUAAAAAUAUUGGAACUUUUAUUUGCGUACUUAUUUCUGUACAAUGUAAAAUGUUAAACUAUUAAAAGAAUCUGAAGGAAUUUCAGUGCUUAAGAACAAAGAUGCCUCUGAGCUGUGAUCCAUUAGAUGGCACCGCAUCAAGAACCAUCGUUCACAACAGCUGCUACACACACACGGGAAGGGAUUACUGUGGGAAUCCUGUGUGAUGAUAUGAAAGUCACUUAAAACUUUCCCGUGAAAAAGCAAGCUGCAUGCUAACCUUGUCUAGAAGCAAUUUGACUUAUCGGGCUUGGAGGCAUCUGGGGUGGACCAUCACGGUGUUUCAUGGUGACUGUGGUCAGACCAAUCAUCUGGUCUUAGGAAUAAAUGGAUGCUGUACUCUGGACUAACAAUCACCAGACUGCUAUCAGUAACAUGUCCCAAAGCUCGGUUCUGGGGUGGUUUGGGGUUGUAUCCCUGCUUUUGGCAGCAUUGAUCUAGAAGAGAAGAUGUUAGAGCAGCAUGCUGCCUUUAAGGGUGCGGUUCUGCUCUGGCCUGAAAAGUGACCAUGGUGACCGUGUUUGAAGGAAACAGGCUAAAUAACAUCCGAAGCACUUCGUCCCAUUCUCUCCUCAAUGUCUAAACAGCCUUUUCAGAGUUGUGAAAAGGAAUGAUAACAUUAUAAAACUUUGCUGCUCUAGGGGUGUGUUGCUGACCUGGAAUACAGAAAUUGAUGUAUAUUAAAUAAAAAUUAAGUUUAUGAAACAGAAUAUCUCAUAUCUUGGGUUCAUGCUGUCUGCAUUGAAAUAAAGAAUCACCUUUCCUAAUUUGUUUCACCUCUAGUUACUGAACAGUACAUCGAUUGCAUAGUAUUCUAAUUUAUAAAUGUUUAUGUAAUUUAAAAAAAUAAUCUUUGACUGUUUUUAAAGUUGUUUGAACAAAUCCAAGAGGCUUUAUCUGCUGCUGAAUGUCUUUGAGAGUUAACAAGCAUUUUCUGUUCUUGUGGAAAAGUUUGAACAUUUGUCCUGCAGUCUCAUUACUUUUAUCCACUUUAUGACUUUUGAAUAAAAUGUAUUUGUUAGCUGUUCCUGUAUUCAGAUUGUAAUAUCUCAUCGCUUGAUAACAGCAACUGGGAAUAUUUCCCUAAAAAUUAGCUUUUCCAUCAAGAGAUCAACCAGCUUUGACCCAUUUAAUGUUUAAGCUAAAAUAGGUUCCAUGAAUAAGCUGUCACAUGUUUACAUGUUUGCUAAUUAUGCAGAGAAGGUUAAAAACUGCAAGGCGUCAAACUAAUGAGAUGAACUGCACAUUUACCUUAUCGGUGUUGAACCUGUUUGCACAUUCAGAGCUGCUUCUUUACCUAAUCACACAGUUCAGGCAUACAGUAUGUGCACAAAUAACAUGGAAACAAGUUUCCUUUAUUAGUUUAUUUUUUCCCAAAUUCAAGCAACACUCCUUCCACAACAACUCCAGCUCAUACAUUAAAAAAAAACCCAUGUGUGUGUGUGUGUGUGUGUACAUUGUAACUGUAAAGCAUCCUAAUAAAUACCAUAAAUAAUAAAGAAUUGGAUUUAAAUAAAUAAAUACUUGUUGGGACUGGUUUUUGUGUUUGCUGGUGGUGCCCAGCACCUGAUAUUUGCAUAAAAGAGUUUAAAUUUAAUAUCAAGAUAACUGCUCUGUAAAUGUUGUUUAUCCUUCAAGUCAUGGAUGAGAUUGUGUUACUGGUGGGAAAAUACUGCAGAUGGAAAACUGAUAUAUUACAACAAUAGAAAUAUUUCUGGCAUUGCUAUUUCAGACAAACUUAUUUAACCCUAUUAGAUAAAGACUAAUCUUAAUCCUA